AGGAGCCAUUACCGCGAAAACACGUUUUUUACAGUUGUGAAUGGUCAAAUGAAAACAGUGUGUAUCAACUGCACGAUGUACAUAUAUAUAAAAACAAACAAGGAUAGAUUUUUUUCGCAAUAUUGAUGUGUUGUUCUUUGGUUAAGAAGGAGACCUUUAGGAUCAACUAUGACAGGAAAAAACACUUCCACUGGGUUUCUCAAAGAUGUGGUGGCGUAUGUUGAUGUGUGGUCUGCCAGCAGAAUGGAGGAUUACUCUGAUCCAUUCAUUCAGCAGCUGCAGGACAUGGGUGCAGAGGUAUCUAAGACACUCAACAAACAAGUGACCCACGUAGUCUUCAAACAUGGCCGCCCGUCCACAUGGAAGAAAGCCCAGAAAAUGGGUGUGAGGAUUGUUUCUGUCCACUGGGUAGCAAGAUGUAAAGAGAGUAAUGAACGUGUAGAUGAAAAUCUUUUUCCUGCUCAAAAUGAAGAGUCCAAACUUCUUCAUCGAAAUAAAAGAACACACCGUUGCAUGCAACCUAGAGAUAUUCCUAUAAAGACCCCUGAGAAUGACAGGCGGCUGAAGAAAAAAUUAGACAAGAUGAUGGAAGGCCUGAUCUCCUCAUCCCCCAUUGUUUCCGACACAUCACCAUUUGUUAUUGAUGAGGAAAAUGGAGUAGUGUACAGUCCCUCUUUAAAACGCUCUGACAGCAUGGCUCAGCGACUGAGAGAAAUGAGAGCUCAACGUGAACAUCUCUCACCCACUGCCUCACAGAUGCUGGAUAGUGCCUCAGAAUGUAAUUCACCUUUGAGACCACCUCUUGGGGAAUCACCAACUCUGUCUUUCUUGCAACAACUAGAGGAAGAGCCUUUGGAUUGCUUCUCAACCUCUCACUAUCAUUCCUCCAAGAAAAGAGAUGAACAAGAAAAACAGAACUGUAAUAAAAAGUUAACAAUGAAAAUGACAAGUAAAGCAAAAAAACAAACACCUCCUGAAUCAGACACAGCCAUGGUUAUGUGUAAUCUGGCUGGUGUUGAAACACAUAGUAAAGUCUCACCUAUAUUUUCCCGAUCAAGAAGGUCUUCAGUGAACAACAUUGGAGGAAAGAAACAGUCCACUUUAGAGAGUUACAUUGAUAAUACCUGUUCUGAAAGAAAACAAAGCUCACACCUCAAACCACAAACUGAAAACAGUGGUAUAUCUACAGAGUUAUCUGGCAGCCCUGAAAGACCUGAAAGUUCCUUGCCUGAAAGCCUGACAAAAACCAAUCACAAAAACAGCAAAAGUAUACAGCAAUCCAAUGAUCUGCAGACCAACUCCAAGCGUUUAUAUUCCAAGAAGCAAACUUCAUCAGGCAGUUGUUUUACAGAAAUUGAAAGUGAUGGAUCGGUAACUCCCAAGCCUGUUCGUAAAUUUCAACAUCAAACUUCUGCUGUUUUGUGUUCUGCUGACUCGGUUGCUGAUGUUCCUAAUAGAGAUGUUGUGGAUGGUGAAGUGUUUGAAGACUACUUCUUACCAGCCAACAAUGCCCUUAAACAAAAGGUCAUUUUAUUUGGGUCGACCUCAGAAAGAUUGCACAUGCCCGCUUUUGACCUGGAGGACUCAAACAAGAGGAAGGGCAAGAGAUCACUUGGUAAAAAGCGAAAACAUGAAAAUAUUGACAUUAAAGACUUGUUGGUUGGCUCAUCAGGCCCUGCUCCUGAGACACAUGAAUCAAGGCCUGAAUGUUUGUCUGUGGCGACAUGUGAGUUGCCCAGGUUUGAAGAAAUAAAACUUGAGGCAUCGGCAAAGAAACAGAAGACACAAACUAGGUUAAGCUCUGCUGUUCUUUCUGAAGGGAAGUAUAAAAGCUCAAUUGAGCUCAGUCCUGCUAAUGAAAAGAAGACUUCAACGGCUACUUCUCCAGUGUCAUCCUCAGCGGUUAAUGUGAAUCCACAAAUACAGAACUGUCUUGAAACUGCCCCUGACCCCAAACAUGCCAUUGAAAAGAGACCGAUGGGUUUAAAAAUUGUAGGCAAAGAAAAUGAAAGGGCAACUGAUGGGAGCAUUGAGAGAAGUCCUGAAAUGAGUAGCAAACCAAGACACAUGAAAAAGGACAAGUUCAUGAAGAAAAAUAGAUCCUUGGUAAUGACAAGCAUGCCCACUGAGAAGCAGGAGGUAGUCUUCCAGCUGGUCAGAAAUCUGGGUGGUUUUACAGUGGUUGAUAAUGUGUGUGAAAGCACCACUCAUGUGGUGUCCGGCAGCCCACGACGGACCCUUAAUAUCUUGUUAGGCAUUGCACGUGGCUGCUGGAUCCUCUCCUUUGAAUGGGUCCUGUGGUGUUUGGAGCACAGGCAGUGGGUUCCUGAAGAGCCUUAUGAGCUGUCUGAUCAUUUCCCUGCUGCACCUAGGUCUGGAUGUUGCAAGAAUAAAGCCACUGAGUCUCAGUGUCUACAUCCAGUUGAUUCUCCUUUUCCAGGAUUGUGCUCCCACUGUGUGUGAGCUUCGCUUAUAUGCCAUCAAGAGUAGGAGGAGGAGACAGUGUCACAGAAGCACUAAUAGAGUAUCACUUGCUCCCAGGCUGCUUGUACUCAUCCCUCAUCAGUCUAACAGGCUGUUUUCUUAACAGAGUCCUCUGUGAAAGGACUGCGACUCCUCCCAUGAUCCGUGGCCUCUGUUUGAAAAGCACUGCUUAGAUAGAGGAGCAUAAAGAACUCUCCAGCCAGACAGGAUCUCUAAUUAAACUCUUCCUGCUGGAUGCUCCUUCUUGCCUGUAUCUGCUCCAAUGAAAGCCAAGACAGUGGGUCCCACCAGUGGGAGAGGACGAGGACGCAAUGGUUGUAUUUGUUUUUUUCUUAGAGGGCUGCUACAGAAAAAAGGCAACUCAGGAUGCAGCUGUAUAAUUCAAGUAAUGCAAUUUCAGCAGUGUCCAAGUCACACCAUAUGACCACGUCCAGAUGUGUGUUUUGCUGUGCUUUUGUCCUUCUACAUUCUCUUCUUCAAAGCUCUGGUCCCCCUGAAUGUUUAAAGAGAGAUAAAGAGGUUGGUCUUUCUGUUGUCACUCACACUAUAAUUUCUAGACCAUAAUUUCCUGCCCUAGAU